AUGGCUGAUACUCGUCGCGGUGCUUUUGCCACCAAGCGUCAUCGACGUUCUUCGCCAGGCGUGACACCUCGCAGAACCCCGGUCGCAAGCAUGGCUCCAUUGGCUGCCCGACCAACCCAGGAUCAUGAGGAUGAAAGCGAGCAGGAUGAUGCUCAGUACGUCGAUGCCGAUGUUGGUCCUGCCCCCAAAAGGAUCAUGGCAAACCCCAUCACCGACAUGGCCAACCCAGAGAUGGUGCGAAACACUCCCAGCAAGAGAGGACGAGCCACAAAGGCCACCAGGUCCAAGCGUAAGUCAUCUCAGCAACAAGAAACCCAGUUUUCUUCUGGUCUUGAACCCAUUGCUGGGGCUACCGGCCAAGGCUUCAACUUCUCACCUGUGCAGCAGUCGGGAACCCCCAUUCUCUUGACUGCAGCAAGAAUGGCUCCUAUUCCAGGAUUGGGAUACUUGUUCCAGGAUCAGUACGGAAUACAGAUGUUGGUGCCAUACUCAAUGCUACCGACACAACCUCGACAACAGCACUUUUGGCCUGCCAACUACCAAGCCUCUGCAUCUCAACCCAUGGCAACCUCGGUAUCAGGCCUCCACUCGUACAGUAUGCCUGGAGGCAUGGGAGUUGGAAACCUCCAGUAUCUGAAUUCUGAUCUUGCCCAAUAUCCUCAGUUACAGGCUCAGCCCGUGCUUCAAUCGACUUGUUUCCAGCCUCAGACCCAGGCGUCUGCGCAAGGAUGCUUUGACGAGAGUUUCACCCCUGCGAGUUUCGAAAGCCAAACAAUGACACCCUCACCUCAGAACCAAAACUAA